UAAAUUCGAUUUGUAAUCUCAAACAAAGGUUUUGGAAUUUUUUUGCACGUGAAAAGUGCAUUUCCAGCGCAAAUUGUGUGACUGUAUUGCUGGCACUCACUUAUAUAUUAUGUUUGUAAAUACUAAAUAAUAACAAAAACAAGUUUAUCAUUAAUCUUUCAUACCAUUUUAUGAGGUAAUUCAGUUUUUUUACUUUUUCCUGUAAAACAAUUGGGCAAUUUUUUACAUGACGAAAAUGGAAACGGGAAAAUUGCGCGCAUGAGCAACGAAAAUGGUUUUUCUAUAAAAAAAGAUAAUAAUUAUAAUUCCAAUGUCUUUGCUUCCUCUCCAUCAACCAUAACUUUUUAUUCUCAACAACUGUUGCAAACUGAGUGGUAAAUUUUGAAGAAAAGCGCACCUCUAAUUUUUUUUUUUUUCAAAGUAAAGGCUUCCUUGUGCAAAAUAUUAAAAGAAUUUGACCGUAAAAUGGCGAUGAAAAUAAAUAAAUUUUCCUUGGAAAAUUCGUCGUUUUCAAUAAAUCCAUGUUAGAUCUUACAAAAGGCUAUGCAGCGCCGCCGAACACCUCUGUGAGGCGGGUUGCGGUCUUUAAAACUCUAAUUUGCUUCGUCUCACAAUAUGUAAUGUUAGAAGCAGAAGCUAAUUGUGUUUAUUGUACUAUCACAAAGGCAAUUGCUGCCCAUUUAUUAUUAAUAAAAUUUUAACCAUAGAAAUGAAUUUAAAUUAAAAAAACUAUUUUUUUAAGUGAAAAUCGUCGUUUUCAAAAUGUGGCUGCCCUCAAGAGCGGCUCCUGAGCUGCGAUCAUCAAUGAGGCUAUUGUCACUUUGUAGGCAAGUACUUGGGCCACCUUUGUGCAAAAAAUCAGCAAAAUUCAACCAUAGAAAUUAAUUUUAAAAAAAUGCGUAGUCGCACCAACAAGGAUUAAAUAAAAUAUUUAUGUAUAUAACAUUGAGGAGUUUCACUUUAUAGAUUAUUAAAACCAAACUUCAAUGCGUUCAAUGUAUAUUAUUUGAUUCUUUUAUUACCUUUCUGACGGAUGAAAUCGUUUUCAAAUCUUAAGCCCGUGUUUUUAGUUUUGAUUCUACGUUUAUGCCGGUGUUAUGUUGGCAACAUUGUUCUUUCGAAGGAAUACGAGUGGCUCGGAAAAGUGGCCAAGUUCAGGCGAGUGGCUGAAAUAAGUGGCCAACUUCACGAUCGUCAAAACAAUCUGGAUGAGAUUGCCAACUGAAAGAAACGCUUCCAAUUAUAAGGGAAUAAAUCCCAAUAGCAGCAUAUUAUGUUCUGUGUUGCUGCAUGAACCCAGCCAUGCUGAUGAUCCCGAGUCUAGUCGACACAAAGGUGAAAAAAAUGCUCCACCAUUUCAAGAAAUGCCACUCUCAAGCGUUUUUCAUAAUACUGUCCGUCUCCUUCGUGGUGACGGUGGCACUGCAACUUUACGACACUUACGUUCGCUAUGUGGAAAACUCCUUUUUUGCCAAACAAAUGGCUGGAAUGCCAUCAGAAAACAAAAGCUCGUGCCGCUUGCCAAACUUCUCUCCGUUUGAUCCAUCAAUUGCCAAAUACAUAAAGAGUUGGCCGAAAAUAAACUGCGGCAAGCCACAGCCGCCUCUCACAUAUCUUGAUGAAAGGGGCUUUUUGCACAUCAACCAGACUGCUGUGUCGGAGAGAAGAAUUCCGUGGGCGCGACUGACUUGCUCGUAUCAGAAAAUUAUUCGCCAGGAAAAUGAAGACAGCAAAUUCACUUUGGGGCCGCACAAGAUUUUCGUCCAGCCUGAAAUACUACCCCACGAAUUCUGUGUUGUAAAGUGCUCACUGUUUCCGAGGAGCAAAGUAAUCUACGAGACUGGAUACGCACAAGUUAAAGAUGUAACGCAGACUUUAGCAAAUAGUAGCCAAAGAGCGUGGAAAAAUUGCAGAGUCAAUGUUUUGAUUAUUGUGCUGGACUCUAUGUCAAGAUUGAAUUUCAUUCGCCAGUUGCCAAAAACUUACAAAUUCCUAGUCGAAUCUCUCGGUAGUGUAGUCAUGCAGGGUCUUACCAAGGUGGGAGACAACACAUAUCCCAACAUGCUUUCAAUGCUGAGCGGCCUAGCUGCAAAGAGGUACCUUGUCAACAAGGAGUUGGCUCCGUUCUGGGGAAACGGUUCCACACCAAGAGGAUACUUUGAUGAUUUGCCGGCGUUGUGGAAAAAUUUCUCUCAAAAUGACUAUGUCACAAUGUUCGCCGAAGAUUAUCCCAAAUUCACUGCCUUCAAUUACAAUGCCCAUGGAUUCAAAACUCCACCAACAGACUACUACAUGAGACCCUUUUGGCUCGCCAUGGAGCAAAUUAUGACGCACCUUGUGUCAAAGGACAAAAGAUGUUUUGGACACCUCCCGAAGCACAAGUUCCUCUUUAAUUACAUUGAGCAAUUUCUUUACAAAAUGCUCACCGGAAAACAUGCCUUCUUUGCUUUUACGUUCCUGACUUAUUUGAGCCACGACCACAUUAAUUCCAUUAAGAUAAUUGAUGAUGAACUUGUAAUAUAUCUGGAAAACCUCCGCGCAAUGGGAAUUUUCAACAAUACAGUCACGAUGAUUAUGGGAGACCAUGGAAAUAGAAUGGAUCCUAUCAGAAAUACGGUUAUUGGCCGAGUUGAAGAACGAAUGCCGUUCUUAUCCAUUUCCAUCCCACCUCAGCUGGAGCACUUAAGAAAUAAUCUUCAAAGUAAUGCAAAAAUACUAACGAGCUGGCAUGAUGUUUACGAAAUGUUGAUGGACUUGGCCAUGAAUAACUUAAAUCUUACCUCUAAAGUGAUACGCUAUGGGUACAAAGGGAUGUCACUUUUUAGACCCAUACCAAAUAACAGAACAUGCUUACAAAUUGGCAUACCCAAAGAAUAUUGCAUAUGCUGGAACGAAGAGGAGUUGCAUCCUAAAGAUGCAAAAACUAUUGAAAAGGGUGAUAUUUUGGUGAACCAUAUUAAUGAUAUAAUCAAAUCUAAGGAUAAGAAAAAAGUUUGUUCUCUGUUAAAAUUAGUUAAAGUUUAUGGAGCACAAAAACUCCUCCCCCCUCACAAAGUUGCUGUGCCUAGCAAUUUGGCAGUUUUGACCAGAGUCACUAUCUUACAAUUAGUAGAGCCAUCUAAUGCUAUUAUCGAGGGAACUUUAGAGCAAAGAGCUCGCCUUGGCAUCCAACUAGUUGGACACGUGAGCAGACUAAAUAAAUAUGGAAACCAGUCGUCCUGCGUGUCCGAUCCUGCCUUAACUUUGAUCUGCUAUUGUAAAAGUAGACACUAAUAGCUGUAUAGAAAGAACACAUUGCCAAAUGGUUUAGUAAUGCUAUAGUAUUACUUAUAGACGGAGCAUUGCUUCUACAGGUGUUCAUUGUGAGCAGUAAUCUCUUGGGUAAUUUCCGACUAUCCAGCACUUUUUUAAAUUUAGAACUCUGAUUUGAUCAAUUCAAGCUUUCAUAGUCAUACCUAAAUUUCGAGAUUGAUAAUGUUUCAUUUUACCUCAGUUAUUAUUUAUGAAUAUUUAAAUUAUGUGCUAAAUAUAGUCAAAAUCAAAUAUUUCCAUGAUGAAUCACAAAGCCAAAACCUUUUAAACACUUUUAAAAUAAUUAUAAGAAAUAUAUAAAAUAAGUUAAUGGUCCAGAAUAUGUACAGAACUUUAACCCUUCUUGUUUUUCUUGGAAUAAUUGUAAACGCAAAACGUUGUUGUGCCUCUAAAAGUGCAUAUUUUUGGGAUGUUCAAAUGGUGGUAUGGUGUAUGCCAAUUUUCUGUCUGCCUAAUAACAAACAAUUCAGACGUGAUAUAUAUUAAUUCUGAAUUUCACCUCUAUUAUAAAGAAGCGGUGUCUAGUCGCUGUUAGAUAAUAUUGUUGCUACUGUAGAAUGAGGAUUUGAACAUAGUUUUUUUUUUUAGUUUCGCAGAGGAUUUUAAUAAAUUAAUGAGGUUUAAUUGUUCUCAAAAAUGUUUAAAAUUUGGUUGUAUGCUUGUACCUAUGAAAUUUAAUUAUUGUUUGAAGUUAACUUGUUAAAAACUAGGCAGUCAGGCUGAAAUGCUAUCUUAUUAAAUUUCUCUUAUUUUCAGGCAUGGUUACUUAGUGUUGUUUCAAAAUUUUUAUUACUCCUGUUUUCCCCAUUUACCUAUCAAAAUUUAACUUUGUUCAAAAAUUUUACAGUCGCAAAUAAAACAGAGACAAAAAUAUUUGAAAAAAAAAAGAAAAUCAAGUUUUAUUGCUUAAACAGUUUGGAAAUGCAUUGCUUCAUGUACAUUUCCAUUUGGGAAAAAUCCAAAAGUGUGUCCUGAACUUGCGAAAGCAAUAUUUCGUUCCAAGUUUGUUCCAAGAUUUUAAGUUUUUCGACUGCUCCGUAGCCAGACUCAAUCAAUGUUGAUAAAUGAACGCGACCUUUUUGUCUCCACACAAGCUCUUCCUACGUUGAAAAGAAAUUUAUAAAAAUUACUUAGUGAAACCUUAUUAAAAAUUAUCAGCUUUAAAAUUCAUCCAAAGUUUGUAAAAAAAAUUUGGCUUCUUGAGAAUUUUUUUUAUCAUUGUUUUUUAUCAUUAUUAAUUAUUUAAUAUGCGGUGGUAACCUCAAUUAAUUUACCUGAGAUGGAAUCCCUCUGCGCCAUUGCAAAGCUUCCUUCGCAACCACGUUUCUGAACGUACAAUCGGUAGACAAGAGCCAUUCCUUGGCCGCGUUUGGGGAGGGUGGCGGCAAGGGUUGUCCUGCCUCGAGGGAAAGCCGUCCUAGCAACGGAAGCAGCAAACUCCCAGGCAUGCAGUCAAGAACAGUUUGGCACAGCCCGGCAUAUUCUCUCUCUGCGUCCUCCACCUGCUGUUUGCUGAUUUCUUGCCCAUUUAUAUUUACAAGGCCCCAGUGCGCGAGCCGGAAGAUUGCGUAACUUUGCCACUCUUUGAAAACUAUCGGAUUUCCUGGUUUAUGUGGGUACGUUUAAUUUGUAUUUCAUUUUUAAAUUUAUUUUAAUUUACCUUCUUGCUCAAUGAGCAAAGAAUGUAUCCCUUGCAACUCCGCCAAGGCGUUCAGCUGUCCCAAGCAGUAAAUAUUUGAUUCUUUAAAUGAAAAUUUUUCGGCGGACGGAAAUCGUUGUUUCAAUUUUGAAAAUUGAGUUACCACGCUGUUGAAACUGAUGUAAGUGAACCUGCAUAAUUUUUAGUUAAGUUUCAUAAUUAAUUAAUUCUUUUUAUAAAAUUGUAUUUUUAUAUUCUAAAUCUCGAAAUUUUAUGUGAAAAAUGUCAAUUUACAAGUCACGCACUUUAUAGUUUGUACUUCAACAGCUUUCUGAGGAUUCCAAGGUCGGUCCAGAAACUUAAUAGCCGUCUGACCGUAAACAUUGAGACACUUUCCUUCGAUUUCCACCAAAUAGUCGCCACCUGAAUUUUUAAAUAUUAUAUUUUUCCAAAGGGCUUUUAAUAAAACUUGCGAAUAUUUAUAUACCCUGCUCUUUAGUAUUGCUGGUGGCAGUCUUGUUUCUUACUGGCUGCUGCUUUUGCGGAGAGGCAAUUUGGGGCUUUGCAGUUCGGACCCUUAACCUAGAAACUUGUCCACUUCUCAGCGCCCCGCGCACUUGCUGCCAUGCUCGACUUGGCUGGGCCGUGACCGGUCUCUGAUUUUGCACAGGUUGCGUCAAAGCUCUAAAAUUUAAUUUUAAAUCAAUAUAUUUAACAUUCAAUUAAAUUAAAACAAUUACAUUAUUUUUUCGUGCAGAGUUUCGCCAUCCUCUGCAGGCCUCUCCUCGUCUUCUUGUUCUUCCUCCACAGCCUCGGCCGCGCAGAUUUCAGAUCUCGGCGAAGUCGCGCACGAGUCUAUGUUUGGCUCGACGCUGGAGGAGGCCGAAUUGCUCAGGACCGAUUCGCAUCUCGUCGAGCUGUCCGAAGAGGACGAGGCUUCGCUGCCGCUGGAACUGGAGUUGCUGCCUGGCGCUAAGCAAAUAGGCGGCAGUCGUAGGGGUGCGAGUUCGCCGCUAUUCGCCUCCUAAACAGCAGUGCAAUUGCCAUGGUUACUCAAUCGCAGUAAUAAUGUCACGCGUGUUAAAUGGAAAUAAAUCAGACGAGUCGUAAAAAGGGUUUUGUGUGUAAAACGAGACUUAGGCAAAACUUUCUAAUAAAAUGAGAUCGUUUCGGGUUGCUUUUGGUACCUUCGGGUGUUGAGUCUUUAGGUUAGUUUGGUGCUCGUUGGCACAAAUGUGGAUCAGCGUCUUUGCCUGCGACCGUAGCAGCUCCCAGUGCAUCCGAGCGUUAGAAAUCGCCUUAAUUAAAAAAAGAUAUAUUUAAUUUAAAUUACUUCAUUUUUAUCACAUUUUGAUUUCUACCUGUUUUUUGUCCGAAAUCGGUGCGUGGUGCCACGUUGCAGCCACAUUUCUCAAUUCAUUGGUGACCUCGGAGCCAUUGAGCAGUUUGAGGGUGGAUAAGGACGUCACCAGCAAUGCCGCGCACUCGGCGUUCUCGCUCACAGGAUUGCCGUCGAUACUCAGUUCUUUCAACUGGCUCGCCUGCCUCACGCCAUUCAGCUCUUCCACUCUGCCAUUAUUUCAUACAUAUAAUUUCCCAGGCAAGGUUAUAAAUCCACACAUACGAGUGAAUGUUGUUGUUUGACAGAAAUAGCUUGGCUAGUUUGGGUGCGUGCGCGACGCCCUCCACGCGGCGGAUCCUGUUGCGCCGCAGGUUGAGUUCCUCCAGGGCGCCCAGACCUUUCAGGUCGCUCUCAGACACCACCCUCAACUGGUUUCCGGCGACGUUGAGCACUUUCAGUUCGGAUAGUGGAUUCAGCCCGGUCAAAGAAGUUAGUUGAUUUCCAUGCAGGUCCAGCACCUCCAAGCGAGGCAACAGCUCUAAACCCUCGAGUCGCCUAACUCUGUUCAAGAAAAAUGAAUUUUGCGCUUAAGUUACAUAAUUAAUUUUUUUAAAUUAAAAAUAAUUUAUCUUCAUUUAUUUAUUUAAAAACAAAUUUCACACGAAAAGCUUCCUUUAUUAAACACAUUUUUUUUUCAUGAAAUAUAAUUAUAUAAUAAUAUAAUUUAGUAUUUACCGAUUUUUGCCGAGGAGCAAUACUUUGAUCGAAGGCAGCUCUUUGACUCCCACCAAUUUUUCCACUUGGUUGUCGUAUAAAUCUAAGAAAACCAGUCUUGGCAAAGCAGAAAGACCUUCAAGGCGAGUAAUCAAAUUAUGCUGAAGGGAUAGAAGGCGCACUCCCUCUUCUCCAGCCAACGCGGGAACAGUAGUCAAUCCCAUCCUAAAUUAGAUUUUAUUCGCAAUCACAUUAAAUUUUACUUUUCCAACCUGUCAAGGCUGAGCCUGUCUGGGUUUCUUUCCCUGUCUUUUUCGUUUCUUUGUACUUGCGGGUCUGCCUUUGUCGUCGAAAGCCCUUGUAAAUCACCAAAGCUGCAGUGAAUAAGUUAAAAAUAAUUUCGAUUGUCGCGAGCAACAGUUUUAUUUUCACCUCAGUGUGCUGUAGGCUCUUUUGAGGAGACGGGGUCGAUUGGCAAGCG